UGGGUCUAUUUGCCCCAGCUAACAGUGCCGUCGCUUUGUGAAAGUGGCAACGAAUUACGACGUACCCCUCACCUUGUCUGGUAUUCCUGAAAAGCAACCUCGCCGUCAAAUUGACCGGGCAGGUGGCACAACCCUUGACGCCCCAUCCUUCAGAAUAGUCAAACUGUCAACACCGGGUUUAAUGUUUGUUCUCGUCCAUCGGCAACAUGAAAUUCGGCAAGAGCUACAUGGAAACGAUCGCUAGUCCCUCUUUUCCAGAGGAGUGGAGGAGGGGGGCGAUCGAGUAUAAGCAUCUUAAAAAGCUCAUCAACGGUGUUGUUGCAGAGCUAGAGUCACUAGGUCUAGGCACAGAUGUACUACGCGAAUUGCUGCGGCCAGAGUUGUGUACUGCGGGAGGGGAUGAGUCCUCUGCCGAUGAAGAGGCUCCUGCCGGCGGAGAAGAGAUGCAAGGAGCGGUCAAGGCGGCUGCAAAUGACAUUGGCUCAGACGUCUUUCCACCCAAGGCAGUUCCAAAGAGCAACAGCCAUGAAACGCUCUCGCCUCCUCUGGCUGGCGCUGCAACCCUCCAUAUGCGCCGCAAGGACAGCAAGGCAGCCAAUUGGCUUGAAUCAGUGCCCCGCAAAACGUGCUCUUCCUUGCGCACUACUUCUGGAAAGGAUCGCUCUAGCUCUUCAGGAAGCGUCCACGAGUUCAGAGGUCAGCUGGAGCAGCCUGCGCAUGAUAGCCACUUUCUGGAUGGCUCAGAAGAAUCCGACAAUGUUGAAAUCCUCUCGCCCCCUUCGAAUGCCGAUUUCCAAGCUGCCAGCCGGCGCCGGUCAUCCGGCAUGGGAAAAAAAGACCUGCACAGACUUUAUAAACGCAUGGGUGGCUCUUCGGCUGAGGAAGUUUUCCACAGUGGACACGCAUCCGAGUCUGGCGGAGAACAAUCGCCCGCACCUCACAGCAGCAGCCAUACCAACAGCGGUGAAGGCUCGGGCCGACAUGAUUGGGGGGCGCAUGCAUGGCGGGAGAGAGGUGGCUCAAAUUUAUGGAAGGGCUCGGACGAGGACGGCGGACCUGGGCCCUCGGCGGCUGAAUGUAGCCCUUCGCCGUCAGCUGCGACGGGGCGGCGCCCAGUUUGUCAGGAAAGCCCUCAAGGACCAGACCAUCAGCGAUGGGUGCAGGGGAAAGGUGGGCGAAGAGCACGAGCUGAGUAUGAGCUAGGUGGAAGCCCCGAGCAUCCCAUGCCCCGAAUCCGUCUCCACAUCGAGUCUCCCGUCACCUCAGACGACGACUAUGACGGGGAUCGAGAUGAUGAUGCCGGCAAUGACGACACAGGUCCUGGCCUUCCCAUCAUCCAAGAGUUACCCCCUAGUCCAGAGGUCAGAGCAAAGCCUUCAUCUCGACGAGCAAGCGCCAUCGCCAGCUGCUUGCCGCCACUGGAUGCCGCCAGCAACUUCCAAGUGGCGGGAUCAGAUCCGACGGGAAUCGCAGCUGAUCGCACGCCUUCGAUCGAACACCGUCCUCGCCGCGUCCGCCCAUCCUACCGAAGAAUGCGCAAGCGAGAGAUUCUCAUUCCGCUUAAUGCCGAUACCGAAUUCCUGGACACGCUCACCGGCGCUCUUUCCAAUCUCCAAAUUGUUCAGAACGAGCAGCGAGAUCAUUUCAUUGCUGAUACCGAGGACCUGACGGCGACCAUCGCAAGAGCCUCAAGCCCGUACGCGAGCAAGAACGACCUGUACGUCUGGCGCGAAAUAUUCUCCCUGUGGAUGGAGAUGCAGAUCUUCGAGAGCGAGCGCGAGAAGGAUCGCGGCGAAUUGAGCGUGGACGAAAGCGAAGCGCGUCUGAAACGCUUUGCCGACGAGCUGGCCAAACGAGGAUGGGGACCUGGAGACUUGAGCGCGACGCAGAGAAGUCGAUCUAGUAAGCGUCUCGUCAAGCGCAAGAACGCCUCCGCGGUACCGAUGCACGAGCCUCAGUCUAUCCAGGCGCUUGAGGACUUCAUGAAACUCAACAUUGCGUUGCUGGACGUCAAGAAAUUCCAGCGGAUCAAUGUCGAGGCUGCACGAAAGAUUCUCAAAAAGCACGACAAGCGUACUGCGCUCACCGCUUCGGAAGACCUGCGCGCAUUCAUUGCACGUCAGCAAGACGUACAGGCAUCCUUCUCAGUCGCUGCGGCCGCCAGUAUCCCCGAUAUCAGCCCCAACUUUAGAAAUCUUUCUCAGGACGUGGGCAAUGGCAGCUCGCGAACGCUCAUCACCACACACCCCUCAUUGGCAGCCCUUUUGCCUUCCAGCACAACGGGCAUGCUUUCCAAGUCACUGCCGCACAUCCUGCUUUCCCUUUUAUCUACGACUCUGCUGCCGAUUUUACCAUCCAUCGACGACUAUUCGUGCGUGAUCUGCACCGGUGUCGCCUGGCGUCCAAUUCGACUCGACUGCACUCACCUCUUCUGCAUUCGCUGCCUCGUCAAGCUGCAAAAGCAGGGGAAGCGGGACUGCCCUUUAUGCAGAGCCAAGAAUGUCGUAGGGAUAGCAGGCGCACUUGCUGCACCUUUCAGAAAAUCUGGACCUAGCCACGACCAACAUGCUCAAGACGUGGUUCCCCAGGGAGGUGGACGAGAAGGACAAAGAGAAUGAAAGAGAGCGUCGCAAGGAGGAGAUGAGGGAACUUGGUUUGGAGGGAGACAAGUGCAGCGUCAUGUGAAAUAUAGGCUGCUUUGACAGAUCCCCGAUUCUCAUUCAAAUGUGCACCGAAGGCUGGGUCCACUGAGUCUUGCCUUACGUCGGAGGCACACGCUGCAGACAGCACCAGUUUUGACGACUGUUGGCGCACUUUGGGAGCAAGU